AUGAUACGCAAAGCUAGGGCUUUUUUUCAAGAACUUACCCCGAUUGCCCUCCUGUACUGCUCGUUCUCUCUUCAACUUCCCUUUCUCUCCUUCUCACUUCGACAAACCCUUUCUCUUCUUCUCAGUUCUCGACGUCGACAGCUUCUCCCACCUCCUACGUUUCUCUUGGUGUUGGGGCCUCCCACCUCUGACCUCCGUCUAGCCCCACCCCACCGUCCAACGCUUUCCAGCGUCACCCAGCCAAUGGAGCCCCUAAUCUUCGGCAAUCUCACCUUGCCUGCGCUUGCCAGCAACAUCAGGUCCGGUGACCUUAGGGUCACUGCUUCUAUUGCUCAAAUUUACAAGCCCUAUGUCUUAUUAAGGUACGUUUAUCUUGAUUCUAACUUCUCAAUGUUUUUGUUCUUCUAUAAGAUUCUCAUGGCUCCUUUACUUUCCAUCUUCGUGAUGUUAGUGUUUGUACUCCACGUUGCCUCUGAAUCCACGAGAGAAGUGGUAGAACAAAUCGAUGGAGAAGAAUUCACUGGAAACCAGAGAAUUGGGCGUUGGUUGAAAAAGGCCAAGUACAUCUAUAUUGCUGGCUUUUUCCUUACAGUGUCUCCUGAAUCAAUCCAGCUUGUAGCUGAGCAUGUAGCUGCAGCCAACAAGUUUUUCACAAUAAACCUGUCAACACCAUUCAUCUGUGAAUUCUCGAAGGAUGCCCAAGAGAAAGCAUUACCUUAUGUGGAUUAUGUUUUUAGAAACGAAACUGAAGCAAGAACAUUCUCAAAGGUUCAUGGGUGGGAGACUGAUAAUGUGGAGGAGAUUGCAAUUGAUCAGGCUGCACCUACCUUGAGAAGCCUGACUUUAGCUAGAUUUCUUCAUGAAUGUGGUGGAUACUCGCCAUUCCAAUAUAAGGAAAUCUCGGCACCUUUAAAAGCUCCAAAAUGGUACCAAUGCAAAGCUGGAGUGUCUUUUGGUUUUGGUGGGAAACUAGCUCGUUUCUUUUCACACAACUGGAGCUUCAGAGGUAAUUCUAAUGGUUUUCCACUGCAUUCUCUUUUGCAAAUUGUGGGAAAAAGCAACAUACUUUGCCUCUUUACCAAUAUGGCUAAUGCAUAUUGA